GGCAAACCCUUUGCCAAGCCUUUCCACACAUCGAAUUUCAUCUUCAAACUGCGGCUCAACUUCGUUCUUGUUCUUUUUGGCUUAUCAAGCACUUCUGCAUACAAAAGAUUGAGGAAGACAUAUUCUGUCUAGAUCUUCAAUAUGCAGAUCUUCGUCAAGACCCUCACGGGUAAGACUAUCACCCUCGAGGUGGAGUCUUCGGAUACCAUUGACAAUGUCAAGUCCAAGAUUCAAGACAAGGAAGGAAUUCCUCCUGACCAACAACGUCUGAUCUUCGCCGGCAAGCAACUCGAAGAUGGCCGCACUCUUUCCGACUACAACAUUCAGAAGGAGUCGACCCUCCACCUCGUCCUCCGACUCCGUGGUGGUGCCAAGAAGCGCAAGAAGAAGGUUUACACCACUCCCAAGAAGAUCAAGCACAAGCGCAAGAAGACCAAGUUGGCUGUUCUCAAAUACUACAAGGUCGAUGGUGAUGGCAAGAUCGAGCGACUUCGACGCGAAUGCCCGACCAAGGAGUGUGGUGCUGGUGUUUUCAUGGCUGCCAUGCACAACCGACAAUACUGCGGUCGCUGCCACUUGACCUACGUUUUUGACGAGACCAAGUAGGCUAGAACAGAUGGAAGCCAGGGGAACGAAAUGGUGGAACCAAGCAGACAAUUACGAGAUCAGACGAACGGCCAAAUAGCUAGGCAAAGCAAAAUCUGAAUCGGGAUUCAUUACA